AUGGGUGGCUUAAACGUGAGCAAUCGCCUUCUGAGAAACAUUGGUCUACUAUUCAAAUGGGUUUGGAGAUAUUUGCAAGAACCCAAGUCUCUAUGGAGACUAACCAUUCAAGCAAAAUAUGGCUAUUCCUCAACUUUCCGAAUGCAAGACAUGGAUUCACUUGCUAAAGGAGUCCCAUGGAAGAAAAUUUGUAACCACCUGUUGAAACACGAAGAAGCAAAGAACCUCUUAAAAACUGGGUCCAAGAUUCUUAUUGGGAAUGGGGAACAUACCUUAUUUUGGUACGAUGUAUGGUUACUUGAUGAAGCCCUUAGAGUCACCUUCCCAAGGCUAAUUAGAAUUGCAUCAUCCCCCUCUGCAUCUGUGGCAUCUCCGGGUCACUGGGCAAAUUCAGAAUGGGUCUGGGUCAUCUCCUGGAUCAGAAAUCUAAGACCUCAAGACAAAAAUGAAUGGGCUGCUUUACUGAACCUGCUGCAGCAUUUCUCUAUCACAAAGGAGAAAAAAGAUAGCUGGAUCUGGACCCCCAGCAACUCUGGGGCUUUCUCGGUCAAAUCCUGCUACCUUGCUCUUAUAAAAUGGCCUGAUCCCCUAUUGCAACCAGUUAUAAACAAGCUUUGGGUUGGGUUAUUACCUUUUCGCAUUGAGAUAUUCUUUUGGCUGGCUCUACUGGACCGUAUCAACACCCUCAAGAAUUUAGUAGCCCACAACAUCAUAUCACCAGCAGAGGCCUCAUGCCCAUUUUGCAACCUGGUAAUUGAGGAUUCGGUCCACCUUUUUAUCCACUGUUAUUUUGCACAAUCAAUCUGGAGCUCGUGGCUCAAGGUAUGGAAUCUCUCCUGGGUUUGGCCCUCAAAUUUGGAGAGAGCUUUUGCUCAGUGGUCAUUUCCUAGAAAAAGCAGGUUUUUCAAAAAAGUGUGGAUUGCUUCCUUCCAAGUGAUUGUUUGGUCACUUUGGAAGGAAAGGAAUGAUAGAAUCUUCAAUCAUAUUCUCAGCUCUUCUCAGGCAGUACAGAAUAUGGUAAUCCUCCGUCUUUGUUGGUGGAUCAAAGGAUGGAAAGAACCAUUCCCCUACUCACCAGAAGAAGUCAUGAGAAACCCAUUGUGUCUUCUUUGGCGACAACCGCGCCCACCUCACCCCUCACAAAUACCUUUCACCCUCCCCCCACCGACCUCACCAGGCUUAAAAUGGGUGGUGGAAGCAUCCCUUUUUCCUUCUCAAGACAGAUCUGUUAUUGGCGGUGCUCUCCGCAAUGUAAAUGGAGAUCUUCUCUGUCUCUUCUCAGGAUCAACACCACUCAUGGAUAUAAACUCUGCAAAUAUUCUAGCAAUCCACAGAUCAAUCCAAAUCUCACUAAAUAACAACCGCUUCAAAUUUCAGCCUCUGGAAAUUGAAUCCGAAUCUUAUGAAGCAGUGAAUUGGUGCUCCAACUCAUCUGGUGGACCUGGAAACUUAAACCUCAUUCUCAACUUCAUCAGAUCAGCUCAUGGGAGAAGCCUCAAAGCCUCUUUCUCUCACAAACCCCGAUGCCAUGAACCUGUCUCAGUCACCAUAGCCAAAAGGAAGCUCUUCAGAACCUCUGAUUUUGUAGUUUGGUUGUAA